AGGCAAAACAAAAAGCGGCCCGAAACCAGUUUUUCCGGUGGUGGGUGGAUGUGGAUAAAAGCCUCGACGCUCAUCCCCCAACUGCACAGUCGCACCUGCACCAUAGACGGACACACAAAUAAAAAAACAAUGAAGACCUUCAUCGCUAUAGCUCUCUUCGUCGGCCUGGUCGCAGCAUACACGACCAAAUAUGACAACGUCGACCUCGAUGAGAUACUCGGUAACCAGAGGCUCUACAAGAAGUACUUCGACUGCCUCGUCAACAAGGGCAAGUGCACCCCGGACGGCAAAGAGCUCAAAGAUGCCAUCCCCGACGCAUUGGCCACCGCCUGUUCCAAGUGCAACGAAAAGCAGAAAGCCGGGAGCGAAAAGGUGAUCAGGCACAUGAUGAAGAACCACCCGGCCGACUACGACGCACUCGAGAAGCUCUACGACCCGUCCGGAACCUACCGCAAGAAGUACCAAGCCGAGGCGAAAAAGCUCGGACUCCACUGAACAACACACGGCCAAAUAUCAUUACAGAAUUUUUUUAGAUGUACAAUGUAAAUAAAUAAAAAGAGUUAUGUGUA